CUCUUAACUCAGUAAAGUGGUGCAUUUUACACCGGCAGCAAAAAGGCAAAGCCUGGUUGUAUUUCACAGAGACAGAUAAGCUUUUCUAUAAGCCAAGCCAGCGCCUAAUUUUUGAACAAAAAAAAACCUGUGGAUAAUGACAUCCCGGCGGCCCAUGACCCGUUCUUACUCAAGCAACGGGAGAACAGGCAGCCAAAAUGGGGAAGAGGUUCCUUCACCACGUUCAGACAGCCGAAACUACUUAUCCAAUGUUCGGCCUGAAAACAGCUACUCAACUCACAGGUAUUCAAACUACAAACCAUCGAGGAGCACCUUUUGUACUGUCAUGGCUCACCUGACAGAAGAAACGCAGCCAUGUUUUGAAACUACCAUCAAGUCCAAGGCAGUGUCAGAGGCCUGCAAUGUGAAAUUCUCCUGUGUGGUUUCAGGUUACCCGGUCCCUGAGCUCACUUGGUAUAAAGAUGAUAUGGAACUUGACAGAUACUGUGGUCUUCCCAAAUAUGAAAUUUUUCGCAAUGGAAAAACUCAUACACUACACAUCUACAACUGUACUGUGGAGGACGCAGCCAUCUAUCAGGCCUCAGCCAGGAACAGUAAGGGCAUUGUUUCUUGUUCUGGGGUAUUAGAGGUGGGUUCCAUGAGUGAGUACAAGAUCCACCAAAGGUUCUUUGCCAAGCUCAAGCAGAAGGCUGAUCUGAAACGGCGAGAACUAGAGGAGAGCCGGCGCAGAGGAAAGGAGAACAUUCAGCAGGAGCAGCAUGAACAGCUUGGCAUCAGCCAGGACCGAGUUUUGAGGAAACGUAGGUUACCUGAGGGUCAAGAACUCGGAUCGCUUUCCACAGUCCAGGAUGGAGUAAACGAUGAGAGUAAAGACGAGGCAACCAAUGAGGAACAACCAGCAGUGGUUAAUGAAGAGGUAAAUGGGCUUCCGAUGGAAACACAAGAACCAAGCUUAAAUGGAGGCCAAGAGAAUGAUACACCGCAGCUCAAUCAUGUCCAUGAGAACGAGGAAAUAAGCAGCACAAAGAAGGCCACCAAAGACAAGGUGAACAGAAAGAAGAUCAGGAUCUCCAAUGGAUUUGAUGAGGCAGUUUCUAACCAGCCUAACCAAGACUCCAGCGGAGGAGCAGACACAUCUGGGGGAAUGAGUUUGGCAAACUACUUGGCAGAGUCCUUGCAGUCUCAAACUGCUGAUGAGCCGCAGAAGGUCCAGGCACCAGGGAUCCCAGGCAAUGCAAAAAACGCCACUCAGGAAAAAGGACAAGAAUUAGCAAAGGAAACUGAGGGAGAGUGGGUGAAAAUCAAAGAAAGGGAAAAGGAACGAGAGCGAGACAGGUCCAGAGAAAGAGAACGAGAAAUGUCGCAGGGAAGAGAGAGAGAAAAAGAAAGACAAAUUGACUUUGAAAACAGACCUGUGACUGUGUCUGAGGCCCAGUCACAAGCCCACAAAGACAGUGACCAUCAACACAAGUCUGCUCUGAGCACAGUGUUCCACUCUCUUAAGGACAUAUUCUUUGGAAAGGGCAAGAAGUCGUCAGAGACUGCGGAUGGCUCAAGGAAAGCCAGCGACAUAACUUCUGAAAAAGAAAUCCCGCAAGUUGGUCCAGAAGCACAUUACUCUCCCCCUCAAACACAGCAAGAGCAAGCUGCUACUUCAGAAGUCUGUGAUACGGCCCCAGAACAGGUGGUACAAAUGGAAGUUGAACAACCUCAUCAAACUGGAGACCCAUAUGUACAUACAGAGUCCCCACUGCAACCACCACCAUCGUUACUGCCUGGGAUGGUGAGGUCGGACUUAGAUGAACGCACUAAUGGAUUUAUCUCUGAUAGUACCCAGGACACAUCACCAACACAUGAGACAGAACAGAAAAGAGCUCAAGAAAAAGAGGGCCCAGAAGCAUUGUCCAAAACCCCCUCAUCGCCACUGAUCGAGGCCACAGAAGAUCGUACAGAAGGCAACACAAAUGAGGACAUGGCCAAUAUGCCGUGUGAGACUGCUGAGGAGGAAUGUACUUCUCCCAUGGAUCAGGUGGCACGAGCUGAUGGAGAAAUGCAUGCUGCUGGGGAGCGAGACUAUACCGCAGACUUUACACAGAAGCCAGAGGCCUCGCUGACAGGCCCAAACAUGACAGACCUGGAAAGCACAGAGGGCUAUCCCGAGGUUCACCUUUCACAGCCAGUCGGCCAUACUUCUCCUCUGGUGCCAAUCAAACUUGAAGAAGAGGAGAAAAUGAAUGUAGAUGAAAAAGAGGCAGAAAAAAGCUGUCCUUCUGUGAAGGAAACAGAACCAAAUGUGCUGAAGACGCAGGAAGGAUGUUCUCUUAUGAAAGAAAGUGAAGGCAAAGAUGAGAUAAGGGCAGCAAUAGCAGUAGUCACAAAUCCCACAGAGGACACUAAGACUGUUGAGGUUACAGGCCAGUCACCUGUUUCUUUACAAGAAACCAAACAGGAAUGUCAAACUGAUGUUCAAGAUGAACCCACCUCAGAGCCAAGCAUGGACAGUCUUCAAGAAAAUAAAAAUUCCAUCCCUACAGUGAUGAUUGUCCCUGUGGAGAAUGAGCAGCAAGCUGUAGAAGCAUGUGUUAAAGGUAAUGAUAAAAUGGAUGGAAAUGUUAGUAGUGCUGAAAGUGAUGCAAGCAAAGCUGAUAGUAAUGACGAAAGAACAAAAUUGAAUGUAGAUGAAGUGGAGCUGGGUAUGAGUACUAAAGAAAAGAAAGUGGAUGUUGUUGAAAAGAAGGAAAACAAGAAUGUUAGCUCUGAUCAUGGUGCUUCAGGUACUGGGCUACAACCAGAUGUCUCUAAAUAUACUAGACAAUCUGAAGUGGAGGGAAUACAAACGCAUUUAAGCCCAGUCACAGCAGAUAAACCCAAGACCUUCACCAAAGUUCAGACUGAGAGAUACAUGGUUGAGUCUAAGGACCAGUCUCUGACUCCUCCAAUCAUAAUCCUUCCAGACACAAGGGAAACGGUCAUUAAAAAUGUAGCCAAGAUGAGAGCUACACCAGUGAUCCCAGAAAUCAAAGUCACUGCCUCAGAAAAGGUCAAACGUGAGGAAACUGUUAGUGUCCCCAGAAUCGAUGCCCUGGUGUCAGAACCUGAGAGAGUUUUGCAGCCGUUGGCACAAGAAGUCGCACACAUAUUUAGAGAUAAUGAACCCAAAUCGCAAGAGCCAACAGAUGAUGCAAAAAGAGCACAAAGUGAGGUCACAAAAGAGGACAAGAUAGUGACUAAUGCACAAUCUGUAGGUGUUACUCCUACUCAGCAAGAAAGGAAUGUAAAUUGCUCUCCUUCAUGCCAAAGAAAGCAGGAGCUUCAAAAUCAAGAGUCAAGAGCGGGCCACAGAGAAGAUCAAGCAAAGGCCACAAGUGGGUGGAAUAGAGGAAAUGACAUCAGCAGCAUUCCUACAAUCAGCAUAGCAUGUGCUGAUGAUGUUACACCUUCUCAAGACGGGCAAGUACCUGGCCAGCUUGCCCUCAAUGAUACAGUUCUGCCUGAGGGCGUUGAUCCCAAAAUGCAAGUGUAUACACUUCCCUCUGUCUCCACUGCACACAAAGAGAACACUCCAGAAAACAAUACAACAAAUGUACUGUCACCAGAUUCUUUGGCUGCCAUACUCAGAAAAGUUGAGGGUGAUCUGAACCAUUUAGGCAACAGAAGUACUGGAACAGAAAGUGUGUCUGACAAAAGGACUUUAGAGACGCAAACCAGCUCUGAUGUUCACUCACUCUUAUCAGCAAAAACAUCUGAUGUGGAUCCUGAAGUAGAUAGGCUCCAAAGGGAUAAACCUGCAAUGGAGAAACUUGGCCUAACAGCCCCUGUGGGACCUACACUCCCCCCACUGAGCCCAGCUAGUUUGCGUAGGCUUAUGGCAAAAAAUAACCCGAAUUUAGAAAGUCAGAGUUCCAUUCCAGCAAUCUCAGCAGACGGAAGUGAGAAGAAAGGUGAAGAGAGUGGAGGUAGCACACCCACGUCAACUCUGUCCUGUGAGAGUAGUCCCAAAAUGAAGCGGCGUGACAGCCUGACCCUCAUCCCGUCCGCCACCCCAGAGGAACUGGCAUCUGGGGCCCGCCGAAAGAUCUACCUUGCCAAAACAAAGUCUGAAGAUGAGGGAUUGGACACUACCAAUAAGAGAGACAGUCCAAAAAUGUCCCCCAGCCAGGCACGCAGGGCAGCUUUCUUGCAGCUUCAGAGUGGACAGCAAACUCCACCUAUGGAAAGGCGUUCACCCUUGCUUGGACGUCGAAAAACCACAUUGGAGGUGCCAAAACCUAAGGAGGAGACCACAGAGGAGACAGACAAUUCAAACACAGAGAGCAAACCUGCAGAGAAAGAGAAGCUAGACCCAUUUAAAGCUCCUCAGGUAAUCCGAAAGAUCAGGGGAGAACCGUUCUCCGACGCCUCUGGCCACUUGAAGCUGUGGUGUCAGUUUUUCAACGUGCUCAGUGACUCCACCAUCACCUGGUUCAAGGAUGAAGAAGAGAUUAUGAAGUUUACAAGAAGUGCAGGGGAUGAAAGUCAGGUGGCACUGGCCAUUGUCCAGGCGUCCAGCAAAGACUGCGGAGUGUAUGGCUGCACGAUCAAGAACGAAUAUGGCACUGACUCCACUGACUACUUACUCAGCGAAGACAUCCUGGCAGAAUUCUUCUUAAGAGAUGAUUUAGAAGUGGGAGAGGAGAUCGAGAUGACACCCUUGAUGUUCACUAAAGGCCUGGCAGACCCGGGAUACUGGGGCGAAAAGCUUUUCGGACGCAUCAUGACAGAGGAGGUGCAGCUCGGGGAGGGCUGCACACACAAGGCCAGCAGGGCCAAGGUCAUAUAUGGUCUGGAACCUAUCUUUGAGUCAGGAAGCACCUGUAUAGCCAAAGUAAGAAACCCCAUUGCGUACGGGACCAAAGAGGAGACCAGUCUGUCUGAGAGAAAUCUAGAGGUCACCAAACAGGAAUGUAAAAUCCAGAACACAGUUCGAGAAUACUGCAAAAUCUUUGCAGCUGAGGCAAGAGUGAUAGACAACUUUGGUUUUUCAUUAGAAGUGCUCCCUUUAUAUUUGAUGUACCGGCCGGCCAACACCAUCCCAUAUACCACAGUAGAAGCUGAUCUGACCGGUGUCUAUGUGAAAUAUUGCCUGAUGGACAGCACUGGCAGGAUGAUCACUCAAACAAGCUCUGAGGUGGAACAAAAGUGCUGCACUUUCCAACACUGGAUUCACCAGUGGACAAACGGCAAUCUGCUAGUCACUCGGCUAGAAGGUGUGGAUACAAAGAUUACAAACAUUGCGAUUGCAUCAAAGUCCAAAGGGUAUCAAGGUCUAACAGAUGAAGGUUCUCCGAAGAUACUGGAACAUUUUGUGACACAGCAUCAGUGCAACUACUACUGCGGUCUGCUCGGCCUGAGACCCCUGAAGCUCAUGGACUCUCUGCAGCAGCCGAAAGUAAAGACCUCAAGGAGCCCUUUGCUGGCCCGGAGGGUCAGCACUGGUUCAUCCAGCCCUCUGUCCCAGAAGAAAAGCUUGAGCAGUCCUCAAACAGCCAGAAAAGGCAACUCUAGUCCAAAAGUGGCAAAAAAGACUGGUGAAGAUGGGGAGAACAAGCCCGCUACCAAGCAUAAAACAGUGGAAGUCCCAAAAACUGUUAGGAUGCGGUAAAGAAAGCAGGAGAAAUGGAAUUGAUGUGAAAAGGAAUGGGUCACUUGAUCCAUCUCCUUUCAUUUUCUUUGAAUACUCCUCAUUUUUCUGUCUGUGUUAUAUUGUGCUGUACAUUCGAUUGUAGGAAGGCCAAAACAAUGCACUUUGUCAGCUUUUUAGCAGACUGGCAUGAAUUCAAAAUUCUGAUUACUCUGUUUAUAGCCUAUGCUAUUAUGCAACAUAAUAAGGAAAAUUACUAUAUAGCCACAAUAGACAGAGGAGUCGGUCAGUGACCAGAAGAGUCUGGCAACUGUGAUGUAAUAUUUUGUACGUUGCUCUGCAACAAUUGCCACCUCUCAAACUUUGCCAAUGUCUUUAUGCUACGGUGAAGUAAGCUUUCGCUGGUGCCACCAAUAAGAAUAGAGAAACUGCAAAUAAAUACAUUUGCAUUGGCAUACAAAUCUUUAAUUUAAACUAAAACAUCUGAAGAUGUUUUAAAACAUCUGUGAUGUGUUUUGAUGAAAAAGAAAUGCUGAUUUUCUUUUGUAGAUACCACUGGAUUCACGUUGGCUAUAAAAUAGUUUUGUGUUUUAAAACUGUGGCCAGGAUUCUAAUAUGUGGCAGUGCAUUGCACUGGAAUGCAACACUAUAUGUUUUUCUAUGUAACGGUUUAAUCAUUAGCAACCAGAGUUUUAUUAGUAGUUUAUUAAUACAGUAAGGUUCACCUACUGUACUUUUUGCUUACUUUUUCUGUGUAUACUAUUUUUAAAUUAAAUGGUAAUGUUCAGAUGUUAAGUAAUGAGUGAACAUGUUUUUAUCUUAAAUGUGUAGUGAAGGGAGUGCGCCUUGCUUUAUUGUCACUGUAAAGCUGUUUACUUCUGUCCUUUUGGACUGUAAACACAUGGGACGACCACAUGUCUACAACACUAGGCAACAGUAAAACAGUAACAGACCUUGCACUUUUGAGCUUGUUCAUAAUACUAAUUCUUUUCUCUUUUUUCCCCAAAAUAAACAGCCAUCAUUUUAUUUAUGAGUAAUAAUAAUGCAGAAUUAACAGUAGUAUUAAUAGUUUAACUGACUAUAAUAUAUUAUUCAUGUGUCUGAAGGUUUACUAAAUGUAAGGGUUAAAAUGUAAGCAUUUUAACCUUUACAUUUACCCUCAUAUAAACAUACUUGGAAGUGUAUGAAGUGUGAAUGUGUGUCUGUAUGAGUGAGCGAGAGAGGAAGCCUUUGUGUAGAGAAUAUAAUGUAUUUUAGCUAUUUUGUUGUGAAGUGCAUUUUGUUUUUGUAAAUUACAGUACAAUAUGUAAAUAA